UAGUAUAACGGUGGUUCUUCAAAGACGAUAAGGAGAGAAGAAGAGCUCUGCGGUAUUAGAGGGAAACAGGAGCUGAUCUGAUAACUCACUCUUACAGAAAUAGAGAGAAACAGGGGCUGAUUUGCUGACGAAAUGGAGAGAAACAGGAGCUGAUCUGCUGAAGGUUUUACUUUGGCUUUGCUUCCCCCUCUACAGGUUAGUUGUGACAUCACCCAACUCCUGUAAGAAAACAGACCCCUGGGCCACCAUUUCACUGAAAUCAAGAAAGAUCUCCUGCUCCUAGUGACGACUUUCCUGCAAAUUUCAAAUUAAUGUCCACAAACACAUCAUGAAACUGCUGAAAUAAGGAAAUACUGAAUGUGAGAAUAUGGUAUCCAGAAGAUCCGGUAUUCAGAAAACAUCUGCUGCUCUCCACUUGAAGACAACUCACAGACCACCAAAAAAGAUCACUGACAAAAAAAGAACUCACCACUGCUCAGAGUGUGUACAGAGUUUUACUUCACGGAGUAAUCUCCAAACACACCAGCGUAUUCACACAGGAGAGAAACCAUAUCACUGCUCAGACUGUGGAAAGAGUUUUACUGUACAGAGUCAUCUCCAAGCACACCAGCGCGUUCACACAGGAGAGAAACCUUAUCACUGCUCAGAGUGUGGACAGAGGUUUACUGUACAGUGUAGUCUUCAAACACACCAGCGUAUUCACACAGGAGAGAAACCAUAUCACUGCUCAGACUGUGGAAAGAGUUUUACUAUACAGAGUAAUCUGCGAACACACCAGCGCAUUCACACAGGAGAGAAACCGUAUCACUGCUCAGACUGUGGAAAGAGUUUUACUGUACCGAGUCAUCUUCAAAGACACCAGUGCAUUCACACAGGAGAGAAACCGUAUUGCUGCUCAGAGUGUGGAAAGAGUUUUACUCUAUGGAGUCAUGUCAAAAUACACCAGCGCAUUCACACAGGAGAGAAACCGUAUCACUGCUUUGAGUGUGGACAGAGUUUUAGAGUAAGUAGUUCCCUUAAGACACACCAGCGCAUUCACUCAGGGGAGAAACCUUAUCACUGCUCUCAGUGUGGGAAGAGCUUUAGUCAAAAGAAUAAUCUCCAGUCACACCAGCGCAUUCACACAGGAGUGAAACCGUAUCACUGCUUUGAGUGUGGACAGAGUUUUACAGUAAGUAGUAACCUUAAGACACAUCAGCGCAUUCACACAGGAGAGAAACCGUAUCACUGCUCGGAGUGUGGAAAGAGUUUUACUACACUGAGUAAUCUCCAAUCACACCAGUACAUUCACAGAAGAGAAAAAAGGUAUCACUGCUCUGAGUGUGGAAAUAGCUUCUGUCAUUCAAAUUUUAAGACACAUACAUGUGUAAUCAGUAAAUCGAAGUGUUUUGAUUGAAGAAAAAAAUAUUUUGAGCUUCUGAUCUGGGAUAGAAAUGAAAUUUUCCAGUAUUAUUUUUAUGAAAUCAAAAUAAGAUUGUCAAACAUCAUAUAUGCUGUAUCACCAAAAGUAUUCACUCACCCAUCCAAGUCAUUGAAUUUAGAUGUUCCAAUCACUUCCACGGCCACAGGUGUAUAAAACCAAGCACCUAGGCAUGCAGACUGCUUCUACAAACAUUUGUGAAAGAAUGGGUCGCUCUCAAGAGCUCAGUGAAUUUUAACGUGGUAUCGUGAUAGGAUGCCACCUGUGCAACAAGUCCAGUCAUGGAAUUUUCUCGCUACUAAAUAUUCCACAGUCAACGGUCAGUGGUAUAAUAAAGUGGAAGCAAUUAGGAAUGACAGGUACCCGGCCACGUAAAAUGAUAGAGUGUGGUCAGCGGAUGCUGAGGCGUAUAAUGCUCCGAGGUCGCCAACUUUCUGCAGAGUCAAUCGCUACAGACCUCCCAACUUCAUGUGGUCUUCAGAUGAGCUCAAGAACAGCGUAGAGAGCUUCAUUGAAUGGGUUUCCAUGGCCGAGCAGCUGCAUCCAAG